AUGUUCAAUGCGACCCAGCAUCGCGGCAACCCCAAUUUGGGGCCCGCACCUCCUGGGCCGCCGAAUCAUCGCCUGAACGAGAUCUUCGAUAAUCUGCGAGCAGAGUUUGAGAAUCAGAGUCGGUCCAGUGAACAAGUUGAGAACCAAGUUGCUCAGCAAAUUCAGGAGAUGGAAUUGAUUCGUAACAAAGUCUAUCAACUCGAACAAAACCAACUGAAGAUGAAGCAAGACUACGAGGCUGAGAUUCGCAUUCUCAGACACGAACUCGAAAUGCGUGGCGGCUCCCAGGUGCAAUCUCACAUCGGGGGACCUCCUCAGCACAGCGGCCCUCCUGCGCAGGCUCCUCCUUCUCUCGGUCACGGCCAGGGCGGGCUUUUCAGUGGCAUCAUGGCUAACCAGGGGCAAGGCGGCCCAGGGCUCGCUCCUCCACCAGAGCAAGCAGCUCCUCAACAACAUCCCCUCCAGCCUCCUCCACCCGCGGGCCAGCCUCAAGGUCCCCCUCAGGGCCCAAAUGCCUUUCCAGGCUAUCAGCAACCACCUGCCCUGAAUGGCUACGGCCCACAAGGACAGCCACCCACCAACUCCCCUGGACUGGGCAAGAACCGAAAUAUGACGACUAGAGGCGGACCUGGACCAGCUACGCCUCAACAGCACCCAGGCCAACCACAGCCGAUGCCUUACCAGAACGAUCCAAGGGCCUCUCCCCAAAUUCCAAGACCGACUCCUCCGGGAAGCGAUAUGCAACUGGGGCCGCGCCACCAGAUGGCAGGACAAGGACAGUACCCUAACGUCGGUAAUGUUCUCGCAGACCUCAACCCAGACGAACUUCCAGACCAUCUGAAGCGGAUGGGCGCCAACGGUGAAUGGCACGCCGUCUUCAACCCUAAUGUGCCCCGCGUACUGGACAUCACGCUCUUGCACAACCUCGUCCACGAGUCCGUGGUCUGUUGCGUCCGCUUUUCCAAUGAUGGCAAGUACAUCGCAACCGGCUGCAACCGCAGUGCACAAAUCUUCGACGCCCGUGACGGGCGCAAGGUCUGUGAGUUGCUUGAUGAGAACGUCCAAGACAAGGAUGGUGACUUGUACAUCCGAUCAGUCUGCUUUUCUCCUGACGGGAAGCUCUUGGCCACCGGUGCCGAAGACAAGAAGAUCAGAGUUUGGGACAUUGAAAGCAAGCGCAUCCGAACCAUUUUCGAUGGCCACGAGCAAGACAUUUACUCUUUGGACUUCUCCCGGACCGGACGACUGAUUGCCUCAGGCUCCGGCGACAAGACGGUGCGCCUGUGGGACAUUGAAUCGAACCAGCAAGUUAUGGUCUUGUCCAUCGAGGAUGGCGUGACCACUGUGGCCAUGUCCCCGGAUGGUCGAUUCGUCGCCGCGGGUUCGCUCGAUAAGAGUGUGCGAGUCUGGGACUGCUCUAGCGGCUAUCUGAUCGAGCGUCUGGAAGGACCACAAGGUCACAAAGACAGCGUUUACUCGGUGGCCUUCUCUCCCAGCGGCCGAGAACUGGUCAGCGGUAGCUUGGACAAGACGAUCAAGAUGUGGGAGCUUUCCGCUCAGCGCGGCAUCAUCCCAUCCGCUUCCAACGGCAAGGAUGGCAAGUGCAUCCGAACAUUCGAAGGACACAAGGACUAUGUGCUUUCGGUUUGUCUUACCCCUGGUGGAGAAUGGGUCAUGUCAGGAUCAAAGGAUCGCGGUGUUCAAUUCUGGGAUCCGAAUACUGGCAACGCUCAGAUGAUGCUCCAAGGACACAAGAACUCCGUCAUCUCGGUGGCACCUUGCCCGACCGGACACUUGUUCGCUACCGGAUCAGGAGACAUGAAAGCCCGCAUCUGGCAAUACACGACUUGGCGUGGGGCUCACCAAGGUAUUUGA